AAGGGGAGGAUAGGCAAAAGUGGAGGAGGUUAGGUGAUGACAAAGAAGGGCGAUUGUCCUGCUCAUCUUCAUGUGCGAAGUGUCUUCGUCUUUGGAUGCAUUCCAUGUGUGUGACAUUCUUCUCCCAUCUAUCCUAAAUUAUUGUCGUCGAUUCAAUUACUGGUCUUUUUCCUUUUUCUUUUGGAGAAGGAAAAAUCUCAUCUUUUUCGCUUGAUGCGGUUCCCCCUUGACUCCCCUUCCUCGGUGGGAAAAAUCCCAUCUUUGCCUCGCUCCCGUGCGACUCGAAAUCGCCAUCUUGCGCGCGACUGCUCAUUUGAAGUGACCGGCGAAGUCCCAUUUCGCCUAGUCAACCCCUAAAUUCUUCCCCGUUCGUUUCUUGGGUUGUUGGGUGUUCUUGUUUUCGCGUUGACUCUCCUAUGGUGUUGGCCGAUCCCACUCGGGCAAUCGCCGAUCGCGCUGCCUUUCGGGGAGAGACGGGUUGAUCCGGACGCUGUCGGGCCAUCGCUGUUGAUUGUGCUGGGGGUGCUGAGCGCCGUGUUUGUUCUCCUCCGGGUUCUCCUCCAAUGGAUGCGGACCUACACGCAUUGUCAGAGGAGUUGCCCCAGUCCACGGAGAAUGGUAAUAUGGCUGAUGUUCUAUCUAGAGAGAAUUUGAUCCAGCCAGCAGUAUGUGCUAUAUGUCACGCAAAUAGUGUUGCGCAUGGCGAUCAGGAACCAUCUAAUAUAUGUGGGGAGUGUAAAUUUUUGUUAAUUGAAGAUUUUCAGAACCCGAUCAGAGAAUCCCGUGAUAGAUUUCGCAGAGGAAGUAGAAUUAGCAGAGGAAGAACUAGGUACAGCAGUUCUGAGUCUACAGAGAGUCGAUUCUCGCGACAGUUCUCACAAAUGCUUAAUUUGAUUAGGCAAAACCAGUCCACUGCCUAUAUGCAUGAGGAGAAUUUCUCAGAUGGUGAAACUUCUGCGAGGUUAUUGCAGCAGACAAGCACCUACACUACUCCAACUGGCUCUAGAAGAUGGAGGCAUGUGGUUUCUGAUGCAGAGAGUGAUGGUUUUGACAAUGUGGAUUCUACUUAUGGGGAGAGCGACACGAGUGUCGGUUUUGGUCGGUUCAGGGUAUUUCAUGCCGAGAGUGACGGAGUUUCCUUUAGUGCUUAUGGAUGGGACUCGGAUGCAUCAAUUGAUGGGCGCAACAGUAUCAUGGAUGCGGAAGCAUUCUUUCAACCAGAUGAGGCAAGUAAUCAAGACAGCGAUACUGAUAUUGAUCCAAUGCAUGCUGGUAUCAACCACUGGAGCUUGGAUGACCGAGAAGAAGAUGAAGGAGAAGGGGAAGAAGACUAUGCAGAAGAAGAUGAAUGGGAAGAAACUGAUGCAGAGGAAGACAUACCUGAAUUGGCAGAAGGCCAUGGUCAGAUUCAAAAUGCGGUUAUUUCAAGUCCAGCUGAAGGCAGUGGCCCCCCUGACUGGAGUCACUUGAUUGUAUUUCCCCAAGAGGGUAUGAUACGUUGGAGAAUCCGGCAAAGUAGGCAAAUAGAUCUCCGUGACAUCCUCACUAAUGGAGACGAAUCACAGUUGCCAUCAGAGGUUGGGCAUUCAGGAGAUUAUCUGGAUGCAAGAAGCUUUGAAGAAUUGCUCGAGUAUCUUGCAGAUAAUGAGAACUCACAUCGAGGAGCUCCUCCCGCAGCAGUUUCUUUUGUAAAUAGUUUACCUCUGAUUGUCAUUGACGAGGAUACUCCGAAGAAUGAUGACACAGCCUGUGCAAUCUGCAAGGACGUCUUAACAGUUGGGACAGAAGCGAACCAGCUUCCAUGUCGUCACCUUUAUCACCCCUCCUGUAUCUUGCCAUGGUUGAAUACACGCAACUCAUGCCCCCUUUGUCGCUAUGAACUUCCAACUGACGAUAGAGACUAUGAGGAGGCUAAACAGAACAUCAGUAGGAGCAGGCAGAUUGAUGAUAGUAGUGGGUGGACAGGAGCAAUUGACGACAAUUCCUCAGAUGGGGCUGAAGCAGAUGAAGAGCGUGAACUGGACCAAAAUAUUAUGGAGCAGGGAGACAUGUCGGAUGGGUAUCCUCGCGUUAACGGUUCUGAUGGAGAGACUGGAAGAGGCAGAUGGUUAGUCCUCGCUGCUGCUCCAAUUAUUAGCCUUGUGGGUGUGGCUCUCGUGCUGUGGUUGGGGAAUCCUCUUGCUCAAAGGAGAAGAGCCACUAACAAUCGCAACUUCACCGAAGGGCAUUUACGCCAGGUUCCUGGUUUUGGUGCUUCUGCAUCUAACAGAAGUGAGCGCACAAACGGGAGAUGGUGGUUCCCUUUUUAAUGCGUUUUUCGCUGAUAACUCUAAUCGCUAAUUCAGUUAUCAAAUCUAUUUUAAGCAGGAGUCGUGUUGUGAUAUAUUCAUUCCGCUGAUUCUGAAUGUGUGCUGAUCAGAACCUUUUCCAUGGAUUAGAGGUUUCGCGAUCAAUUGUUAAUUUGGUGCCUAGCAUGGCAAGUCUGAGAA